GUUUAUUUGCACGAUAUCGAUCGCAGAAAAGGAUUUAAGUUAAAUUGUUUGAUCUAAUUACUUAGGACAUCUUCGCUAUCGAUGAAAUUACAUAAUAAUUUUCUUAAAAGAUUGAUUUCAAGUCUGGGGAUUAACGAAAUUUAAUUGCAGUAGUAUCUAUAAUUAUAGGAAUGCUGGCGAUGGGGUAUUUACCGAUUUAAUAUUUCUAGUAAUGACAACUAACUUUAACAGAUUCUAACAAUAGUCGAGGCGUAUUCUCUCCUUAACGUAAUUCUAACUAAUCCAUAAUUUUCUAUUACUACAUUCGCAUUCGGAGAGAAUUGUAUAACUAAUCUUUCUAUUAUAAGUACUUUUCAACGACAUACCAAGAUAUGAUUAUUACCGCAGUAGUGAAUUAAAAAAAUUGAAACGAUUAAAUGAUUGAGAAAGAAUCUGCAAUAUGCAUAUUACAAAAUGAGAUGAAUACGAUAAUAUUUAAUAAAAUUAACAUCACUUUUAGCAAAUUUAAUAAUAUUUACAGUUUUGAAUAAAAUAAACUCAUCGUGGUUACGCCGCUAAUAAACGGGGCGUACUUUUAUCGAGAAUGAUUGGCACUCCGAGCGUGUUCAAGUAAUUCGAAACUCUGCUCCUUGCCACCGAUAUUAGUUCUAAACGUCAGUUACGGGGAUCGGCUCGACCGCACAGUGAUGGACGAACUUUUGCAGUAAAACUGCCUGACGUGUGCGCCUUGAAGAGAGAUCCCGGACCCUGUCCGGGCUCGGCAUUGCGCUGGUAUUACGAUGCCGAGUGUGGCACUUGUAGGCAAUUUGUUUACGGCGGUUGUAAAGGCAACGCCAAUAAAUUCCGUACUCUUGCUGCCUGCCAGCAACGUUGCCCUUCACAAGGUACUGAUAACAGCAGCAGAAAAAGAUCUCACUGCUUCAUGGUGACAUGGGACAUGUCAUGGGAUAAAUCACGAUGCGAUCACGAUUCACGUGUUAGCUUUCACGCAGUUUUUGUUCCGCAGGCACGCUUUCACUUGCAUAAUUGUAAUGCACAAUUUUUAGAAAUUCUUCAACACUUAAACAUUUUAUUAUAUAGUUAGAGAAAAAACGAUUUUUAUUCCUCAAUUUUUUUAUACACAAGUUUUCUUUAAACCUUGUGUCAUAAUUAACUCUGAAAUAAUCUGCGCACCUUUGGCACAACUGAGAUCUAAUCUUAUCGGAAUUAAAUACAAAAUGUUAAAUGUAAUAAUUAAUAUUAUGCUCCGCAUACCAUAAAUUUUAUUAACAUAAUUAAUUUUCUAAAUAAGACAUAUUUAAAUAUUCAAAGAUAAAAGAAAUUAGAUUCGUAUUUUUCUACUGUGAUUAUUACGGAAUAUCGAAAUAUACAGGGUGAGGCACCUAAAACGGGCCACCUGAAUAUCUCGGCUGUUAUUGGUGAUAGAA